AUGAACCCAGGAAAUGAUACACAUUUUUCAGAGUUUCUUCUUCUGGGACUUUCAGAGGAUCCAGAACUGCAGCCCCUCCUAUUUGGGCUUUUCCUCUCCAUGUACCUGAUCACUAUGCUUGGGAACCUGCUCAUCAUCCUGGCUGUCAGCUCAGACUCCAACCUGCACACACCCAUGUACUUCUUCCUCUCCAACUUGUCCUUUGUGGACAUCUGCUUCACCUCCACCACCAUCCCCAAAAUGCUGCUGAACAUCCAGACAGAGAGCAAAGCCAUAACCUAUGCAGGCUGCAUUAUACAGAUGUACUUUUUCUUAUUCUUUGCAGGACUGGAUGACUUCCUCCUCACUGUGAUGGCCUAUGACCGGUACAUGGCCAUCUGCCACCCCCUGCACUACACAAUCAUCAUGAACCCCAAGCUCUGUGCACUGCUUGUCCUGCUGUGCUGGGUUAUCAGUGCCCUAUAUUCCUUGUUACAAAGCUUAAUGGUGCUUCAACUGUCGUUCUGUACAGACUUGAAAAUCCCCCAGUUUUUCUGUGAAUUCAAUCAGAUGCUCCAACUUGCCUGUUCUGACACCUUCCUUAACACCAUGGUGAUGUAUCUUGCAUUAGUGCUGCUGGCAGGUUGUCCCCUCACUGGGAUCCUUUACUCCUACUCUAAGAUAGUUUCCUCCAUACAUGGAAUGUCAUCACUUCAGGGAAAGUAUAAAGCAUUUUCCACCUGUGCAUCUCACCUCUCCAUUCUCUCCUUAUUUUACUGUACAAGUCUAGGUGUGUAUCUUAGCUCUGCUGCUACUCACAGCUCACACUCAAGUGCAGUAGCCUCGGUGAUGUACACUGUGGUCACUCCGAUGCUGAACCCCUUCAUCUACAGUCUCAAGAAUAAGGACAUAAAGGGGGCUCUGAAAAAAUUCAUUGGGAAGGCAGCUGUAAAAGGACCAUUUGUCCUGGGGAUGAGGAAGUGUCAAUGA